GCAAAGGUUGUAGCAUGUAAUGCAACAGCCUACUGCCCAGAUGGUAACACAUGCUGUAGAUUGGCGAGUGGUCAAUGGGGAUGUUGUCCUAUACCAAAUGCUGUUUGUUGUUCAGAUCAUCGUCAUUGUUGCCCACAUGGUUACACCUGUACAUCAGCAUCAUGUCAGAAAGGAUCUCAUGUGACUCAGUUAUUCAAGAAGAAACCCGCGAUUCAGGUGGGUAAUUGGCUGGGUAUUGGAGUUGUAUGCCCUUUAUAUGUAUUGGUGUCUUUCUUUACGUUUCCACAGUGCGUCGCGGCGUCGCCCAAGGCAUAAACAUCGAUCUUCGAACAAGACGUCGAAAUAUACAGUGAUUUAGCGAAAUGCAUAUCAUACGUUGAUCAUUUUGAGAUUUUAUUUGCGCAUUCUAAAAAAUGUCUGGCUUUAAAACAUCCUGGUUACCUAAAGAUAACAAUAUUUGAGUAAACUUGAUAUUCCUGGUUAAAUUUCCCGAUUAUUUUAUCUCACUUCCUACCAUAGUUUGAUUAAAGUAACCAGGAAUGCAAAAGUUCUGCUCUCCCUGAAAAAAGCAGGCAUUGACAGACUGACAGUACUUUAAAUUCUCACCUUAUUCCAUUCAUACUUGUUCCAUAUAUUACUUGCAUUUGUUAUAGUUUUCUGAAUAUCUGUAAUAUAUUAAUUAUUUGUAUUAAUAUAUUCUGUAAUGUGAUCAGUUGAAUAUUUUGUUUACACUUAAUACUGUUUUGGCUAAAUCCAUCUGAUUGGUUUAUUUGUUGUUACGUGAUCUCGUCUAUAUUCACUAGUAUAAAAGCUUAUGUAAUUUUCCUGACCCACGCUACUAACUACUCCCCUAAAAAGGGCCUUUACUAGAAACGUUGAAGUUCUACUUGUAGUUUUCAGUUAGUUUAAUCCCUAUCAAUCCGCAGCUUUGUAAGUAUAUCGUCACUAUAUACCAGUCUUUUCAUACUCUUCUCUUCCAUCCAUCCGCAUUUUAGGAAGGAAAAUAUGCACUGGCCUGAUGCUCAGGCUAAACGUCGGUAAAAGAAAAAAAAUCGGACACAUUUUUCAAGCAGAAGCUGUCGAAUGUUUGGAAGAACAAAUGUUCUUCAGAUGAUGACAGAUGCAUUAAAAUCCGCAAUUUUAAGUAUCCAUUAACAUUUUUUUAAAUAUUAAUCGAUUUCGUGCAUUGUUUAGGUGAAGAUUGUAGUUUGCCCAGGUGGAACAGCUUAUUGCCCAGAUGGCAACACAUGCUGUAAGUUGGAGAGUGGUCAAUGGGGAUGUUGUCCUCUACUAAAUGCUGUUUGUUGUCCAGAUCGUGUUCAUUGUUGCCCGCAUGGCACCACCUGUACAUCAUCUGGUACUUGCCAGAGUGGAUCUCAUGUAACUAAGCUAUUCAAGAAGAAACCCGCGAUUCAGGUGGGCAAUAAGUUUUAGGUGGCUGGAUGUUGAAGUUGUAUGCCCUUUACUAUGCGUUGCAUGAUUUCUUCAUUUACAAUAUACAUAUUAAUUUCUUCAUUAACCUUUCCCGCGCACCAUAAUAUGUACCCUAGCUAGCCAUUCAUUGUCCUAAAUGCCAUGGCCAACACGUUUCCUCACGGAAGUGGAAGCGUGUAGUUUGAUACUUUCCCCUCGCCCCCUCAGGCACUAAAUUUUCAAAGAGCCACGUGACCAGGCGCAGCCAGGGUCUUACUUUCACAAGAGAGAAGAGGUUGGGAACAAGGUUGAUAACGGCUAAAUACGGACGAAUAACCACAGUGAAGAAUUAAUUCAUUUGGAACAAAUGUAAUAGUCAGGGCCGGAUUAACGUUUCGCGGGGCCCGUGGUAUAUUAUCAGCGCGGAGCCCCUUGACUCCCCUCGACCCUCCCAAGUUUAAUUAAUUUACAUAGUUGCGUAAUUACUAAUAAAACCAUAGGCAGCCUAGCAAAUAUAUGUAUAUUCACUAAAAAUGCAUUUAAAAAACUUAAAUAUGCCCAUAAAGUUGCCUGACUUUACUAUCUUGUGAUAAUAUUGUGUAGCUCAUUAUGUAUGCAGACUCGCAUGGUUACGUCAUUGUAUUGUCAUAUAGUAUAAUAUCCUAAUAAUAAUAUCCUUUAUUAUAUAUUCAAACUUUAUUCUCGUUCGUGAUUGGUCAAAAUGCCCCUGAUAAUUCUCCGUAUCUAGAAGCUGACGCGUUAUUUCAGCUGCUGACGUGAUCAGCGUGCAAUGAUACCUUGUUUUGGAUCGAACUUCGAUCCAAAACAAGGUAUCAUUGCACGCUGUCGAACCCAAGCCCCAGGGGUCCGCAGCUUGCUAGAAAUCCCACCAAAACUAAAUAUUUUUGAAGAGUAAACAAAAUGGCUUUUAGCCGGUUUCCAUCGUUAAACGAUGAAGAAAUUUCGACGUCGAUCUCAGAGAAAGAUAGCAAAAGCACGAAGAGAGCAAGAAAACUGUUUAAAAGUAUUUUCGAGGAUAGUAAAAAGUAUUUUCGAGGAUAGUUUUAAAAGUAUCUACACGAAAAUCCGACAAACGCCGUCGAGCUGGCAGCGAUUUUGAAGUUGUUCUACGCCGAAGCUAGAAAUAUCUCGAUAUCAUGCUCAACCUCUUUCAAUAAUUAUUUAAUAUAAUAUAGGAUAGUAUACUAUAUCACUUACACAAUAUUAUUGCUAGAUAGCAAAGACAGGCGAAUUGUAUGCGCUUUUUUAAGUGUUCUUAACGCAUUUUAAGUGAAUACAUAUAUUUGCUGGGCUGCCUAUGAUAAAACGGUUCGUUUUAAAUCAUGCAAAUUUUAAAUUACAAAAUAAUGAAAAAUUCUAAGGGCGAUUAGAAUAUUACUUUAAAUAUACACUGUGACAGUUAUUCUCAAAACAAAUAGUGGAAAAUAUAUUUGCAACAGUUAUCCCAGAGCCAACGCAACGCGCCGUUCCUGGCGUAAGCCCCGAGCGAGGGUACUAAUUCCGCCCGGCUAUUUACACUCGGGGAAAGGAACGCACUAGCAAAGUCUAAAGCACAGAAUGGGCCAUUCCAUUUAAUAUAAGCUCCCCCUAUUGAGGGGUCUGGAUAUCCUAGGGGGGGGGGGUUACCUUAAAUUUUCCUAGAGGUUAGCUUAAGAAAUUUUCAAAAAAAAUAGCAAAAAUUGGGUGUUUUAGUGAUAUCCAAGGGGGUUAAAACGGUAUCCUAAAGGGGGUAUAAAGAUAUCCAUGGGGUAACUUCCAAAAAUCACAUCCAAGGGGGUUCUAAAAUUUUUAUAUCCUAAGGGGAUUAUGAAGGGACCCCUCAAUAGGGGGGGGGGGUGCCUAUAUUAAAUGGAAUGGCCCAAUAGACUACACAGUAGCCCGACUUUUUGGUUUUUCCUAUGAUUUCCCAAUGAUUUUGGCGUAACCGUAAUUCGUCAUCAAAAUGCUGACGCUAUGGGCCUAGCCAGUGCGCGUUUGAGAGGCAUUCACCCCCCUGAAAAUAUUCAAAAUGGCGGACGUCGAGGAGGGUAGUGCCUCUCAUAAGCGCACUGGAUAGGCCCAUGGAGUCAACAUUUUGAUGAUGAAUCAUGGCGUGUCUUUAUUCUCCAAUGAUCCAUAUAUUCCAAUGACCGCGGGGGCAUGGCUAUGGUUCACCGUUCAUUGGUGGUCAUCCUCACUGAUCUCACGACCAUAUUAUAACGACUGCAUGACGGCAGCGAAAUAACAAUCAUUUCUUACAAAUAUAUUGACUAUUGUAGUUUUGCAAGAUUUUGUAAAUUUCAAAAGCUUUUCUAGUUAAACAUUUAAAAGUAUUUCAAAAACUCAUUAAUAAUUCAUGAGGAAAACACAAAGAGAAAUCAUAAGCGUGGCGUGUCUUCAGCCUAGUCCAAGGCUCUCUCUCUAUUCGCUGCUUUGAUAUAUUUAAAUAAGUCUUAAAAGUUUUAUGCCUGGGUGUGCUGUGCGGAACGCUUCAGCGAGAGAGCCUAGCAGAUUUCGGUAAAAUGGUCCCUGAUUUAAAAAAAGUGGUCCCUGGCCUGGUUACCAAGCAUACCUCAUUUGUAAAUGGAAAAUGUUAUGGAAAUUUCCUUUGCAUUUAUAAUUAAGUCAUUAGUUUUGCUCUAAUGCUGUCGGAACAAUGAGUUAAAUUAAAUAUGACUCGAGCUCGUGUUUACUAAAAUGUAUAGCCAUAUUAAAUGCUAUCUAGAAGCUUGAAAAUUAUGCCGAGUCUCCGGCUAAGAAUGUUUUGACAACACCGUCAUGUCAGGCAAAUAUUUUGAAUCUCCUCAGCAAUUUAAACCUGUCAAGUAGAAAGCGUAGUUGUGUAUACCAGUAUGGUCUAGUGUUGAUCACAACUUGCGAGUACAUAAAUAACAUCAACGAUUGCUCAAAUCGGUAUCGUAAAUUUGUAUAUAAAUUUUUUUAGUUGAGCACAUUUUUAAUACGGUUUGAUUUGGUUAUGUAGACAUCGAACAUGUACAUGAUGAACAAACAUUGUCGUAUUUAUAAUUAAAAGGUUACGUGUAUAUAUAAAUUUUCCGCCAUAUUAAAAAUACUGAAAUCUGCUAGGCGUUCUGAAGCACCUUGAGCGGUGACGUCACACCUAGGUCCCAGUCUCGUACUACAUCCACUUUUUUCUCGCGCUUGCUUCAGAACGACUGGGACUAGGCUGGCGUGUCUUUAUAUGUGAUAAAACACGCUUCAAAUUUCAACUUGUAUUUUCUCAGCUAAUACAAAGUUAUUUUGGAAAAUUAUUUCGCCAAUGCCGUGAUCUAACUGAGACGUUUUUGAAGUUUGUGUUUUAUCACAUAUAAAACACUCCUCUACGUGUCGUGUUUUAUAUGUGAUAAAACACUCCUACUCGUUUAUUAAACAGUACAUAAAGUAUUUCGGAUUCAUCUAAUCUGUAAGAACAGAAACACGUAAACAUACUGUUAAACGUUUAACUGUAGCAUUAAGAUUUUGUUAGCAUCUCACUCGAUUGAUAAACAGUUGAAGAGUCUCCUAGACCUAACCAGGAACAGCAGCGAAAAAUGCAACUUUAGGUCCCAGGCAGGAAUCGAACCUGCGGCCCUGCGAUUUCGGAGCAUCGCUCUAACCAACUGAGCUACAGAGGUCAGUUGUCGAGCUCUAACCACAAGUUCAUGUAUAUAACAUGCAACUCAGUUGGUUAGAGCGCUGCAUCAGAAUCACAGGGACGCAGGUUCGAUUCCUGCCAGGGAUCAUCUAAAGUUGCAUUUUUCGCAGCUGUUCCUGGUUAUGUCUAUAAUAAAUGUAUAUAAAUUUCCACUCGAUAAUUUCCAUCUACAUGUCAAUUUAACUGUAGCAUUGAUUCUUUUAUCUGUUUCGUAUUGGAAAUGCACCAUUUUUUAUCGUUAUUUGUUGAUUUCAGGUAAGAUCAAAACAAUAACAAAAGCCCGUGAUGUCAUGGUGUGGCACUAAUCCGCCUUCGAAUUUACAUUUUACAACUAUAUUUGAUUUGAGAAUAACAAUGUAUUUGCUGAGCUGUCCACGGCUUUUGCAGUGUACUUCCAAAAUCAAUGAAAGAUAAACAUUGAAUUAAUAAUACUUUUCAGAUUAACGAUGUCCCAUGUGGCGGCGGAUCGUCUUGUCCAGAUGGUAGUACAUGCUGUAAAACGGAAGACGGUGAAUGGGCAUGUUGUCCUCUACCAAAUGCUGAAUGUUGUAAAGAUCAUGAGCAUUGUUGCCCUGAGGGAUACACAUGUGAUUUGUCAGCAGGAACAUGCACACAACAAAAUUCUGAAAGCAUCGAGAUUUUCUUGAACAAACCUGCCAUUCAAGAGCCAAAG